AUGCCAGAAUCAUAUACUACACUCGAGAUGCGAGGUGGUGGAAGUUGUAGGGUGAAGCCAUGGCAAAAAGGCGUGGACGUGUCAGAGAACGAGAUUAGGAUGAUUUGCAUGCUAGCUAGGCAGAUAUUCCUGCAUCAACCGAUGCUGCUCGAGUUGGAGCCACCGCUAAAAAUUGCAGGCGAUAUACACGGCCAAUACAACGAUCUGCUACGUCUGUUCACUUUGGCCGGCUUCCCUCCCGAAUCCAACUACCUCUUCCUUGGCGACUACGUUGAUAGGGGACCGAAAAGCAUCGAGGUGAGCCAUUUUGCAGCCAACGCCAUCCAUCUCUUUGUGCGCGCUCGCAUGUAUCAAACGGAAUUGCGGCUGAAAGGCUGCCCGCCAAUCCUUGACAUUGACACAUAG